GAAGGGGAGGAGGAGGAGGAAGAGGGGGAAGAAUAUGGCCAAGAGGAGGAGGCUGUCAGAGAAGAAACAGAGGAAAAGGCUGGAGAAGCACCGGGGGAGGAGGCUGCCGUUCAGGAAGAAACCACAGCAAAGCCUCAACAAAUCACCAAGUCCAUAACCAGUUCGGAGAUAGUUACACUGACUGAUUCCCAGUCAGUCAUGUCAGGAACUUCCCUAAGAACCCUUAGCGAGGCAAAGGAUGAGUUAGAAUCAGAGCAUUUGGAAACGAAUGAGCCUUUAAGAGACUUGAGCUCAAAACUAAAAUUUCUUGAUUUGGAUCAAACUGGUUCCGAGGAAGCAGAGAUUAGUUUCCCCGAAACACAGCCCUCAAGCGAGCUUGGGGAGAAAAUCGACCAGAUGCCCCAGGAUGAACUGGGACAGGAAGGGAGAGAAGAAAAAAGAUCAUCAGACUUAAGUGAGCGACGAGAGGAAGAAUUCCAGUCCAAAGCAGAGAUGCCGGAGAAAUCACUGGUGUCUACCAGCAAGGACAUACUGUUUCGAAAGGAUGACCGCGCCAGCGUGUAUCCUUUGACCAUGACUUGGUCUUUCGGAUGGAACAGUUCUCUUCCUGUUUACUACAUUCGAGAUGAAAACCAGCGAGUUCUUCUGUACGUCUGUGCUCACACUGCUGUCAUCUACGAUGUCUUCAAGAAUACUCAGCACCAUCUUCAGGGCCACGCUAACGUGAUCUCCUGCCUCUGCGUCAGUGAAGACAGGCGGUGGAUUGCCACGGCUGACAAAGGGCCCGACUGCCUGAUAAUCAUCUGGGACUCCUUCACAGGCAUUCCUGUGCACACAAUAUUUGACAGCUGCCCAGAAGGCAACGGCAUCGAGGCCAUAGCCAUCACCCGGGAUGCCAAAUAUCUGGCAACCAUCUCCGAUGCUGAAAUCCAGGAAGUUUGCAUCUGGAGGUGGACCUUAGCCGUGGAAACGCCAGCAUGUACCCUCAACCUCCUCAAAGAGUAUGGUGUUCAGAACUAUCUUACUUUUAAUCCAACAAAUAAUAAAGAAUUGGUGAGCAACAGUAAAACACAGGCAAUAUAUUAUUUGUGGUGUGAAGAGGGAGAUCUACUUGCUCACAGUGCCCCACGUUUAACAGAAAAAACCUUCAACAAGCUCGUGGGAAAAUUUAGCCAGUCAGUCUUUCAUUUGAAUUUAACACAAAUACUUUCCGCAACAAUGGAAGGGAAGCUGGUUGUCUGGGACAUCCACCGCCCACCAUCGUCUGCCUCCGCCUCUGCGGGCUUCCCUCAAAUCAAACCUUGUAAACUGGUUCAUUUGCAGAAAGAGGGCAUCACUGUGCUCACUACAGUUGAUCGCUAUAUCGUCACAGGUGAUAUUAGAGGUAACAUUAAGUUCUACGAUCGGACCCUGUCCAUUGUUAACUGGUACAGCAACUUCAGACUGAGCUCCAUAAGGACCCUGUCGUUUUCCAAGACCCCAGCAGCUCCCCCCACCGAAAAAUCAAACUAUCCUCCAGACAGCACUCUAAAAGGUGACCUUUUUAUUGUAAGGAAUCUUAUCAUUGGAACGUCGGAUGCGACAGUUUACCACUUAACGACAGAUGGGACCAAACUUGAGAAGUUAUUCGUGGAGCCCAAGGAUGCCAUUUGUGCCAUCUCCUGCCACCCGUACCAGCCCCUCAUCGCCAUUGGCAGUUUCUGUGGGAUGAUCAAAGUGUGGGAUUAUGAGAAGAAAAAGUACCUUUUCAGCAGGGUCUUUGAGAAGGGGCUUGGCGUCCAGAGUCUAACCUACAAUCCUGAAGGAGCCCUUCUUGGAGCUGGCUUCACUGAGGGGACAGUUUACAUUCUUGAUGCAAUGUCCUUAGAAAACCAAAUCCCAGAGCCCUUCAAAUAUUCCAGGACUAGUGUGACUCAUAUCAGCUUCUCCCAUGACUCCCAGUACAUGGCAACUGCUGACGUGUAUUUUACUGUGGCCGUUUACAUGGUGGUAGUCAGAAACGGACACCGGGUCUGGGAGUACCUGGCAAGGCUUCGUUCUCAUCGCAAAAGCAUCCGCAGUCUCCUGUUUGGGGUUCAUCUGGAUAGCAACGAGCCAAGACUGCUGAGCCUCGGGAGGGACAGGCUCUUGAUUGAAUAUAAUCUUCUUAAGAGCUGCAGAGACAACCUGGAAGUCCUGGACAUUCACUGCACCGACCAGGGCAACUAUCCCACCUGUAUGGUCUGGUACCCACCGCUCACCAAGGAGCUCUUCCUGCUCGUUUGCAACAGUGGCUACAAAGUGAAACUUUUUAAUUCUACCACCAAAAUGUGCCGAAAGACGCUUCUCGGGCCGGUUUUUGGUUCUCCCAUUGAGCAGAUACAAAUCCUCCCGGUGAAAAGCACCUUAGAACUGCAGAAACGCUACAUGGUGUUUAUUAACAGGGACAAGGUUGGACUUCAGAUCUUACCAGUUGAUGGCAAUCCACACAAGACAUCUGCCAUCAUAUGCCAUCCCGGUGGGGUGGCGGGAAUGGCCCUUUCCUAUGACGGCUGCUGGGCCUUCACAGCGGGAGGACAGGAUCGAUCAGUGGUGCAGUGGGAAAUCAACUUAAGAGCGCUGGACGCGGCUGUUUCUCUUGGGGGCGAAGACUUGACCCCAUUCUAUGGUCUGGUGGAUGGUGGCAGGGAAGGAAAAUUCUACAGGGAGCUGGAAGACUAUUUUUACUAUUCUCAGCUCCGUAGUCAAGGUAUUGAUACAAUGGAGACCAGAAAGGUGUCGGAACACAUUUGCCUGUCAGAGCUUCCUUUUGUCAUGAGAGCAAUUGGCUUUUACCCGUCGGAAGAGAAGAUUGAAGAUAUGUUUAAUGAAGUCAGAUUUAGUGAAUAUGUGGACACUGGAAAGCUAAUUGACAAAAUCAACUUACCAGAUUUCUUCAAAGUUUACCUCAAUCACAGGCCACCUUUCGGUAACACCAUGCGCGGGAUCCAGGAGAGCUUUGACAUUCUUGGUUUUACCAAUUCAAAAGGAAAGAAGGCCAUACGAAGAGAAGAUUUCCUGAAUCUGCUUCUAACGAAAGGUGAGCACAUGACUGAAGAGGAGAUGUCUGACUGCUUCGCUACCCUGUUUGGACUGAACCCUGAGGGGUGGAAAUCCGAGCCCGUGGCCUCCUCCGUCAAAGGUUCAGAAAUCUGCCUUGAAGAAGAACUUCCAGACGAAAUCACUGCAGAAAUAUUCACGACGGACAUUCUUGGCCUAACCAUUUCACAAGAUUUCAGACAAGAUCCUAUGGUCAGUGAAGCUGUAAAGAAUGUUUGAAGCACAAAAGACUUUGUGUGUGCGGGAUAUUUUCCUCCCACCAAGAGGCACUGCUUUCCCUGCAUUUCCCUGCCCCCACUCUAAUCUUUGGAACAUUUAGACAUUAAAAGCAAAUUUCUGUUAAG